UUUUUUUUUAUAUUUCUUUGUUUUUUCUUUUUCUUUUUUUUUUAUUUUUUUAUAUUCUUCAACUAUUACACACCACUCAACAACAAAGAUCUUCCAUGACACCUCGUAAAGUAGAUCUUGAACUAGCAAGACUUAAAAGUUUGGGAAAAGUGUCAAAAAAAGACGAAGAAACAUUGAAUAAUGAUAAACAUAUAAAUCAACAACAACAACAACAAGACAAUGAAUUAUUGUUACAUACAUUACAAGAUCAACUUCAAGCUAGAUUACAGGAAAUAGAACAACAAAGAAAACAUCAACAACAACUAGAACAACAAUUGGCUGAAUACAAAACACAGCUUGUACGACAGGAACAAUUAGCCCACGAUACCAUUGCUGAUUAUUUGGGUAAAGUCGAAUCAUCACAACUUCAAAUCAGGCAACUCAUCGACGUAUUAGGAAAACAAGAUCAAUUGAUACAUUUAUUGACGGAACAGCAAUCCAAAACGAAAGAUUGGGAUACAUUAUAUUUAGACAAACAACAAUUAGAAAUAGCCAUUGGAUCAUUGAAAGCAAAUAUAGAAAGUAACCAGGCACAGAUGCAAAUGAUGAUGAUGGUCUCAACCGAAAUCCAAAAUGAUUUUGAACGACAAAAACUGACAAUGGAAAAACGUAUGAUGGCUAUGACUGAAGAAUUGGCAACCAAGGAUGCUUUACUUUUACAAUAUCAAGAACAAUCCAUGGUAAGAAAAAACUAUAGACUGUCUCCUCCAACUCCAUCUCCAACUGCCUCCACUCGACCCUCCACAUUCUCUGAUAAAUCUUAUCCUCCUCCAUUAUAUUUAUCCUCUGCUCCAUCUUCUCCUCCUCCUACCACUCCUCUUCCUCCCAUUCCUCAUUUUUCUCCUUCUUCUCCUACUGUAUCAUUAUCUUCCAUGUCUUCUUCUUCUUCAUCACAUCAUCAACAAGGCCGAUCAUUCCAUCAACAACAAUUACAAUCAACAACUAUGACCCCCAUUGAUCCUCUUAUCUCUCCUAUCAUAAGACCAACAUCUGUCGACGGAAUUGAUCAACAUGGAAAACCUUUUUGGAAGAAUAUGAAGAAGAAAUGGCGCGUUAGUUAGAAUUGAUUAGAUCGAUAUUACCCUUUUUUUAUUUUUCAUAAACAUUCAAAAACUUGUCAACUUUUUUUUUUAUUAUUAUUUUACAAAAUCAUAUAUAAAAGUCUAUAUAUUCAUCAAUAAAGCGUUGAUGAGGG